ACGACCUCUCGCCCUCACCGCCGCCGCCGACCGAGCGUGCCCCCCACGACACCAUGGCCCACCAGGACGACCGCCCCACCCUGCCCUCAUUGUCCCUCGACCCGCCCGACGAGGAGCACCACUCCGACCCGUUCCAUGACCGGCACCGCCAGAUCAACUUCGCGGAGCCACGGAUGCCCACGCCGUCCACGCAGGCGUCCACGCUGACGCCCUCACAGAGCGUCGUUUCGUUCCCCAAUGAGUUUGGCACGCUCGACAAUUACGAUGACGAGGAGGAGGAGAAGCAGCCUCUCAACAGCGGCGCAGGGAUGCUCUACCCGCCUUCACAAUUCGACCCGAACGCGUUCGGCGACCCAUAUGGCCGCCCGAUUUCGGUGGCCUCGAGUUCUUCGAUGGGUGUGGAGUCGCAGUGGAGGCGUCGCCAGACCAUCAAGCGCGGUGUGACCCGCAAGGUCAAGCUCACAAAGGGCAACUUCAUCACCGAAUACGCGGUGCCAAGCCCUGUGUUCACUGCCAUCGAGAGCAAAUGGCAGGACAGCAAGACCACCGAAUUCUCACACAUGCGCUACACGGCGGCGACAUGUGAUCCCGAUGACUUCUCCGAAGCCACCGGCUAUAGUCUGCGCACGAAGAUGUACAACCGACAGACCGAGCUGCUCAUCGCCGUCACCUCGUACAACGAGGACAAGACGCUCUACGCGCGCACGUUGCACGGCGUGAUGCUGAACAUCCGUGAUAUCUGCAAGACCAAGCAGUCUAAGUACUGGCGCCGGUCGGCGGAGGAGGGCGUUCCGGGGUGGCAGAAGAUCACGGUAGCGCUUGUUAUUGAUGGUCUCGAGGCUAUGGACAAGACCGUACUGGACAUCCUGGCUACUGUCGGAGUGUACCAGGAUGGUGUCAUGAAGAAGCAGGUUGACGGAAAGGACACCGUCGCCCACAUCUUCGAGUACACAACUCAGUUGUCUGUCGACGCGACACCACAGCUGGUUGUACCUCACGCGGACGACCCUAACAACUUGGUGCCAGUCCAGAUUAUCCUCGUCGUCAAGGCCAAAAACCAGAAGAAGAUCAACUCUCACCGAUGGCUGUUCAACGCUAUUGGUAAGAUGCUCGAGCCUGAAAUCUGUGUCCUCAUCGAUGCUGGUACGAAGCCUGGUCGCAAGUCCAUCUACUACCUGUGGGAGGCGUUCUAUAAUGACCCCCACCUCGGUGGAUGCUGUGGAGAGAUUCACGCCAUGAUUGAGGGCGGCAAGAAGCUGCUCAACCCCCUCGUCGCGGCCCAAAACUUUGAGUACAAGAUGUCCAACAUUCUCGACAAGCCGCUCGAGAGUUCCUUCGGUUACGUCUCGGUGCUCCCCGGUGCCUUCUCUGCAUAUCGGUACCGCGCCAUCCUCGGACGUCCUCUGGAGCAGUACUUCCACGGCGAUCACUCCUUGGCCGACCGCCUGGGCCCCAAGGGUAUCUACGGCAUGAACAUCUUCACUAAGAACAUGUUCUUGGCAGAGGAUCGUAUCCUCUGUUUCGAGCUCGUCGCUAAGGCCAACGACAGGUGGACGUUGACGUACGUCAAGCCGAGUAAGGCGGAAACCGAUGUGCCUGAGUCUGCUGCUGAGCUCAUUGGUCAACGUCGUCGUUGGCUGAACGGUUCAUUUGCUGCGUCGGUCUAUGCUAUCGUCAACUUCUUCAAGUUGUACCGGUCUGGCCACGGCAUUAUCCGCAUGUUCUUCUUCCACGUCCAAGCACUGUACAAUAUCUUCAGCUUGAUCUUCUCCUGGUUCGCGUUGGCGAACAUCUGGCUCACGUUCUCUAUCAUCAUCGACCUGCUUCCCAGUCAAUCUAUCAUCUUCUUCGGCACCGCCACUGUGACUCACUGGGUCAACCUCGCCCUGAAAUGGAUCUAUCUCGCAUUCUUGGGCCUGCAGUUUGUCCUCGCGUUGGGCAAUCGGCCAAAGGGUGAGCGGGCAACGUACAACGUCACACUUUGGGUCUACGGUAUUCUGGCCGUGUACUUGCUGGUCUGCUCGUGGGCGUUGACCAUCAAGGCGUUCAAGAACAUCCCCAACCUGCUCAAGGACCAGACGUCGACUGGAGCUAUCAUCAAGCAGUUCUUCGUCCCGCCUAUCGGUGCCCUGAUCGCCGCCAUGUUGUCGACAUUCGGUCUUUGGCUGAUCGCGUCGCUACUCUACCGCGACCCCUGGCACAUCGCGUCCAGCAUGCUCCAGUACCUGUGCCUCGCGCCGAGCUUCACGAACGUGCUCAACGUGUACGCCUUCUGCAACCUGCACGACGUCUCCUGGGGAACGAAGGGCUCCGACAAGGCCGAGGCGCUGCCCUCGGUCUCGUCGAAGAAGAGCAAGGACGCGGAGGCCGCGGUCGUCGAGGACACGACGCGCGACAAGGAGGACCUCGACGCGGUGUUCAAGGAGACGGUCACGCGCGCGCUCACGAAGCUCGAGACGAAGGAGGAGAUCGAGAAGCCGACGAUGGACGACGAGAACAAGACGUUCCGCACGCGCCUCGUCGCGUUCUGGAUGCUCUCCAACGCCGCGCUCGCGAUCGCGAUCCAGAACCUGAACGGGCUCCCCACGGGCGACGAGGACGCGGACGAGGCGCGCCUCGUCGCGCGCCAGAACACGUACUUUGCCAUCAUCCUGUACUCCACGUUCGGGCUCGCCGCCGUGAAGUUCGCAGGGUGUCUCUUCUACUGGUUCAGGCGCAACCUGUUCCGCUGCUGCAGGCGGAACUGAGUCGUCGCGGUGGACUGGUGCGCACCCGCUGUCGUUGCUGUGUCGUUUUCCGGAGGACUUCUAUACCCGGGUGAUGGACACUUCGUGCUACGCUCGUACUAGGAGAAUUCUCUUGCCUCGUUAAUGAUUCAUGUGUUCGUGACGAUAUACUAUUGUAGUUAUGCUCGGGACUUCUAUAUGCUCCAGAGGGCUGGAAGCCCGGGGCUGGGCUUCUCUGGUAAUAGACGUGGACAGUUUCGAAUGAACGAAGUUUCUGCGCUCUCCACACAUAAUCUGAACAUUCAGCAUCUCUGCCCGAAGCUACCUACUUAGGAGAUGAAUCAAAUCAAACCU